CAGCUCUUCAAACGCCUGGCCACGUGAUGACCAACUAAAACGCAUUAAGCGUCAGUGAUCUUUGAUCUAACGUUAGUGGCUCAAGCCCAGUCUCAAGAGCUCUCUUGUGGUAGGUUGAGGUCGUGGUGGAGGCCGUGACGGGUCUUCUUGCCUUGUGCGCGUUACGAUUUACAUCACAAGUUCCAGUUUCGGCCUCUCACUUUUAUUCCCUUAACUAGCACCUUAAAAACAGAACAAGAGCUGGCUUCUUACUUACUACUACCUUGCUUACUUUCUCUCUCACCUACACAUUCAAUCAAUAUUCCAUGGCAGAACCUACAGAAGCUCCAUCUCAGGCGCCUCCAGCCCAGUCGCUGGAGGACCAGACCCUUAUCGUAUUUGCGCGCCUCAUGGAAGGUGGACAGGAAGAUAACGAGACAUGCCGCGACCUCGAUGAACUGACUAAGCUACUCAACGAUGACUAUGAAGCCCGUCAGAAGGACAAGUCCCGUGAGACUAUUUGCAAGGUUAUCGAUGGCGACUGUGUCGACACCGUUUUGUGCUAUCUUGAUAUGAGACAGCCUGAGAUAGUACGCGGCCACGCCACUCUCGCAACAUCCGCAUAUCUCAAAGCCGCCGGCGAUGACGGUUCAAAGAAGCUCUCGACUUUCUUCUUUGACCGUGUGCGAAGGGGAACUUAUGAUGAUUACAUUGUUGCCUUUUGUGUCGCCGCUGCGACAUUUCCCAUUGUUCCCGAUCUCACUGCCGAGCUGUUUCUCAACGAAGAUUUCCUACCCAGCCUCGGCACACUUAUGCGACGAAAAUGGAAGAGCCGUAAGGUUGAGACGGCCUGCUUGGAGAUGCUCAACGCUGCUUGCAUGAACUCACUGUGCCGCGAGGCUAUCAACAAGUACUGCAUCGAGUGGCUUGAGGAGAUCGUCGACCAAGACCUUAGUGAGGCUGUUCGUAGCAUGAACGCGGACCCAAACCUUCAAAGCGAUGGAGGCUCCAUUUCAAUGAGGCGGCACUCUGAACAGGUUCAGUAUCUUGCCGCAGUAAUCUUGGCCAAGCUGAGGGCAGUUCCCGCUAAACCAGCACCCGGUGAUAACAAGUCUCGAAUCGAGCCUGCAGUCACUAGUAUCGAAGAUCUCUCUGGAAUGUUCACUAAGAUGAUACUGAGAGAUGAAGAUCACGGACGAAAGCACUCUAUCGAAGGUCUCGCAUACGCCUCCCUUCAACCUAAAGUCAAGGAGUCUAUUGUCAGCAACCCGGAGUUGCUCCAGAAGUUGGUUAAGACUCUUAGCGAAGCCCAGCCAAGAUCACCAACUACUUAUGGAGCUUUAAGCAUCUUUGUCAAUUUGACGAAAUACCUGCCCACCCUGACCGAAGAAGAAAAGAAGAUGAACCAGCUCAAGGCAUAUGCCAAUGCUGCCGGAAAGCUUGGCGGGCCCGACCCCCUUAAUGACGACGAGCAUGUCGCAAAGCGAUGCAAGCUGGUGUUUGAUGCAGGUAUCACACCGGUCCUUGUCACCCACAGUAAGAAUGGCUCGCCCGCUUCUCUGGGACUGGUUAUCUCCAUUAUUUUCUCCCUUUCCGUCGACAGGACUCUCCGUGGUAAGCUCGCUCAGCAAGGAGCGGUCAAGCUUCUCCUGGUAUCAUGGAUGUCCCUGCCUCAAACUGAAGCUGCUUCACGUCGUCUUGCAGCACAAGCCCUGGCCCGCAUCUUGAUCAGCACAAACCCUGCACUAGUCUUUGGUGGCAACCGUGACACCCCCAUCAUUGCUGCUGUCAGACCGCUUGUCUCUAUCAUCCCACCCGACCCUGCUGCUCAGACACGGGACCUGCUGCCUUCCUUCGAGGCACUUAUGGCCUUGACCAACCUCGCGUCGAUGGAUGACGAUGCGACCAGACGCAGUAUCAUUAAUACUGCAUGGAACCAGAUCGAGGAACAGAUGCUGGCUUCCAACACUCUUGUCUCCAAGGCUGCUGUCGAGCUUGUUUGUAAUCUGGUGCAGCAACCGGAGGCUAUCGCACUCUAUGCUGAAGAGACUUCCAAGGCCCGUAAUCGCCUUAACGUCCUCCUUGCCCUUGCUGAUGCCCCUGAUGCUGGAACCCGAAGUGCAGCUGGUGGUGCUUUAGCUUCACUCACCAACUUUGAGGGUGUCAUCCGGGGCAUUAUUAACCGAGACCGCGGUGUGAAAGUUAUCCUCGGAAUGUGCGUCGAUGACAGCGAGGAUAUCCGUCAUCGUGGAGUCUUUGUGGUACACAACUUGGUCACUGCAGAGGGCGAGGUCGGUGAGCUCGCACGAGAGAAGGUCAAGAGCGAGGGUGGAGUUGAAACUCUUACAGAAUGUGCUAAGAAGAGUCGAAGCAAUGACGUUGUCGAACUGACAGUUCAGGCCCUAAAGACUCUGUUAGGAGAUCAAUCAUGAAUGAAGAAUGACGAAGAACAUAUACAUUGUGGUAAAGGUGGCGCAGAUCAGCAUUUUUCAGGUUGGGGAAUGAGGCAGCGGGUUUCCAAGUUUACAAUGAUUAUGACUAUGGCAAUGGCAAUGAGAUCUAUCAUGUUUUUCUUUGACCCAACCCAAGCAAACGCCGUGUACUUUUAUUUUAUGCCGUGGUAUCGACCCUGUUGAGAAUAGCAACGCCCUCUACAUGACCUGUCUGAGGAAAGAAAUCAAAUCCUCGAAGACUCUCAAUCUCGUAUCUCUCGCCCUCUCCUUCACCACGCACGAGCACACCGACAUCUCUGGCCUGUGUAUGCACGUUACAGCUGACAUACAGAACUCGUCGAGGACCGAAUUUUCGUAGCUGGUUUAAGAAGUCUGCAUCGCAGCCCUUACGAGGAGGAUCAAGAACCACAACGGUCUCGUCACGGUUGUAGGUAACGCUCUUGAAUAGUUCACCAGCAUCAGCGGCGAUGAACUUGCAGCGAUCCUCUCCCAUACCGUUGAGGGCGGCGUUGCGACUUGCGUAGGCGAUGGAGUCAGCUGCAAUGUCGAUACCGAUAGAGUGCUGGAAGAGCGAGGCGAGAGUAACAGUGAAGAGACCAGAGCCUGAGUAGGCGUCGAUUAGAUACUUGAUGUCCAUGCCCGUGCCGGCGGGAGGGAGAAUGUUGUCUCGGACGUAGCCGGUAAAGGAGGGAAGAAUGGAGUUGUUGUUCUGGAAGAAGGAGCCAGCUGGGUUGGUGAAGGUGUAAGGGCCGAUGUAUUCUGUUGUGGUGGCCUUGGAGUCGGUGAUGCAAGACUUGAUAUCAACCGUAUCUUCAUUCUCAACGCGGACGGUAUAGGGCUCUGCCUCACCCUCGAGCUCUUCACUGUCCUUGGGGACUCGCUUCGUGUUCUCUCGGAGAAGAAUCGUAGCACCACGCUGAUAGUUGGCAAACUCUUUCUGCAUGCGCUCACGCUCUCGUGUCAUACCCAGACGCACAGCAUUGGUACCAAUAGGGCAAUCCUCAAUAUCCAAAACCUUUCGACGACCUUUUUGCAUGAAUCCAAUAUCAGGGCACUUCUCGAAGGGAAUCCUAGGGUUCUUUCCUCUCUUGCUAGGACGGAAUCCAGGGGGUCCAUCAAAGUGAGGCGUGAGCUUGGUGCGGUAGUUGUACUGCAGAGGACUGCCCAUUGUAUCCUGGACAGCGGGGACGAUGUUGGGGUCGAGGUUUGAGAAGUUCUUGAAGGCCUUUUCGACAAUGCGCUUCUUGAGUUUGAGUUGCUCGGGGUAUUCGAGCAUUUGAAAUUGGCAGCCGCCGCAUGAGGCGAAGUACUUGCAGCUGAUCCGGGCGUCGUCGCGAAGAGGAGAUGGCUUUGUGAUGGAGACGAAGUCGGCGAGGGUUUGGGUGUCACGGCGAAGAUGACGGAAGACCUUGACCUUUGCAGUGUCGCCAGGGACUGUGAAAGAUACAACAUAAACCUGAUUUGAACCAGGCUUCAUACCAAGGCCGUCACCUGUAGACGAAAGCUCCAAAAUCUCAACUUCUGUCUCAGUGCCUUCCUCUGGGAGAACUUCUGGGCCGUACUCUGUUCCCUCACCAUACUCAACAGCUCGCUCUUUAAGAAGGGCCUGAAUAUCGUACUUGAGGACUUCCUCAGAUGAACCCUCCGUGAUGUUCUUUUCCCUCUUCGUCUUCUUCUGCUUCCAUUGGCGAUUAUUCUGCUGGUUUGGCCGCUUGUUAACUUGUUGAGCGUUGCCGUUUACUUGUGAGUUGCCGUUUGGCACAGCUUCUGCUUGUGCGCUCGCCAUGACUGUGAAGGGACGGAAAUUGUACAGGCGGGGUUUGAUGAAUGUGGCCGAAUUUGGGAGUCUCAGACGCCUCAUGAACGAACAAUUCGGUGGAUUCAACUGUUCUGUGAGAGGUGUGAGAUUUUGGGAGGAGAUUGUGAAUGUUUGAGAUGUUGAUAUUGACAAAGAUUUCUUAAAGAUGGGAAUGAGACGAAGAAAUGUUUCUU